AUGUCUUGGCGAAAUCAAGGCAUCACAGGUUCUAACAACAUCCCCUUGGGGAAGCGCCGAUUUGGCGGCGAUGACCUCGACGGCGCACCUGUCGAGGAUGGCGACCUCAAACGGGGCCGCAGCCCUGAGCGCAGGAGCGAGACCGAUGGACCGAAGCGCCGAAAGAAGCGAAAUCGAUGGGGUGAUGCCUCGGAGAACAAGGCUGCCGGCCUGAUGGGCCUCCCUACGGCCAUCCUGGCGAACAUGACCAGCGAGCAGCUCGAGGCGUACACUCUCCAUCUCAGAAUUGAAGAAAUUAGCCAGAAGCUCCGCAUCGACGAUGUCGUCCCAGCUGAUGGCGAUAGGUCCCCUUCCCCAGCCCCGCAGUACGAUAACCACGGUCGCCGUAUCAACACUAGGGAAUACCGAUACCGCAAGCGCCUCGAGGAUGAGCGCCACAAGCUCAUCGAGAGGGCCAUGAAGACCAUUCCUAACUAUCACCCACCCCAGGACUAUCGCAGACCCACCAAGACCCAGGAGAAGGUCUACGUGCCUGUUAACGAUUAUCCCGAGAUUAACUUUAUUGGCUUACUCAUCGGCCCUCGUGGCAACACCCUCAAGAAGAUGGAACAAGACUCUGGCGCCAAAAUCGCUAUCCGCGGCAAGGGCUCAGUCAAGGAGGGUAAAGGCAGGUCUGAUGCCGCCCAUUCCAGCAACCAGGAGGAGGACUUGCACUGUCUCAUCAUGGCCGACACGGAGGAAAAGAUAAACAAGGCCAAGAAACUGAUUCACAACGUCAUCGAAACGGCUGCAUCUAUUCCUGAAGGACAAAACGAGCUCAAGCGUAACCAACUGCGCGAGCUUGCUGCCCUCAACGGAACGCUCCGAGAUGACGAGAACCAAGCCUGCCAGAACUGCGGUCGCAUCGGCCACCGCAAGUAUGACUGCCCUGAUAAGCCCAACUACACGGCCAGCAUCAUCUGUCGUGUUUGCGGUAACGCUGGCCACAUGGCUCGAGACUGUCCCGACCGACAGAAGGGUGCUAGCUGGCGUAACGAUGGCGGAUACGGCCGUGGUGGCGGUGGUCGUGGAGGCGAUGCCGUCGACCGAGAAUAUGAGCAACUCAUGCAAGAACUCGGCGGAGGUUCUGGUCCCCCAGCCAGGAUCGAAGCCGGUCCAAGCUCGAGCAAUGGUCCUUCAGACGGUGCCAAGCCUUGGCAGCAGCGGGGUCCGCCUGCCGGUGGACCGAGCGGCGGUCCUGCUCCCUGGCGCAUGCGACGGGAGCAAAACGAUUCUGGAGAAGGCGACGGCUCUGGUCCUGGCUCUGGCUCUGCCGCUCCUUGGGCCCGCGAUCGUGAUCGCGAUAGGGACCGAGACCGGGACCGAGACCGGGAUCGCCCCCGUCGUGACGACUACCACAAUGGAGGCUAUGGCGGUGGUGGUGAUCGCGGUGAUCGCUAUUCUAGCUCGGGCAACGGCUACGGCAGGCCGCCUGCCCCUCCUGGAGCGGCCCCUUGGCAGCAAGCCCCCGGCACCUCUCAGAGCGCGUAUGGUGGCUAUCCUGGAUAUGGUGGUUACGGAGCGCCUCCAGGCAUGUCCGGCGCCCCUCCCGGCCUUCCCCCUCCACCUCCUCCGGGCGGCGUUCCUGGAGCCCCUCCCGGCCUUCCAACGGGCAUCAACGCCCUCAUCCAACAAUACUCCGGCGGUGCUCCCCCGCCGCCCCCUCCCCCUCCUUCGGGAGAUGCGCCUCCUCCACCUCCUAGCGACCAGCCUCCUCCGCCGCCCCCUCCUGCUUGA